AUGAGCACCGAGGCGCACUCGCAUUUGGGACUGCAUAAACCCCCAAUGAGUUUCGUCAGCGAUUUCGACUUAAUGAAGUUCGGCGUGAAAAAGGAGGCGAUGCAGGCGAUAGAACGCUCCCUCAUCGGGCCGUGCACCCAGCUCCACAGACCGGACUCUGUGUCGUCCACCCCUGGGAGCACACCUGGCAACUCGAUGCCCUCGUCGCCAAACCUCCCUCCGAACGAGUUGCGAAAUAACCCCGAUGACUCGUUUUGGAUUGCAAACAACGGGGGUUACCCUCAUCCGCAAAUGUACCCACAAUCUUUUGGGCUGACCCCCGAGGACGCAGUCGAGGCCCUCAUCGGGGCCACGACGCAGCAGGGACAUCCUCCAGCGGCUCACGGCCACCAGCAACCACCUUUCCCGGUUGAGUACGAAGGCUAUAACCAGCUCGGCGAGACUGCGCAUCACUACUCUGAGCUCUCGGCCCCGCCAGAUAUGCUCCCCGGUAGCCACUGCCAAGAUCCAUAUCUCAAGAAUGACAUGAGCAGCGCAUCCCCUCAGUCCCCAGACGAAGUCAGCGGAGCGCACCGUAACCACCCCCACCUUCAGGGGCAGCACAGGCGAAGCAACGCCGAAUUGCACUUCUCAGACGACCAGCUGGUGUCCAUGUCGGUCAGGGAGCUCAAUCGGCUCCUGCGUGGACUCGGCAAGGACGAAGUCAUGCGUCUGAAGCAGAAGCGGCGGACCCUGAAAAACCGAGGCUACGCACAAUCGUGUCGCUACAAGCGCGUCCAGCAGAAACACAUUUUGGAGCACGAGAAGACCAGCUUGGUGUCCCAGGUCGAGCAGCUCAAACAUGAACUGAACAGGCUCGUCCGGGAGAGGGAUGCGUACAAACUUAAGUGCGAGAAACUGUCCGGUGCAAACUGUUACCACGAAACCGGGUCAACUAGUGACAAUCCAUCCUCGCCCGAGUAUAUUAUGUGA